AUAUUUCUUGGUAAUCUUAUAAAAUCAACGAUCAACAGUAAUCAAAGAGAUAAAUCAAAAUUAUCAAAGCUUAAGUCCCGAACAACGGCCUGGGCCUAUAUAAAUGCUUGACAAUUGCAUUUCACUAUCAGUUUUUGUGUUCAGUUGGUAAAAAAAAAAGUAAUUAAACGGAUAUAUUCAUGAAAUACGCAGCAUUAAUACUGCUAUGUGCAGUAGCACUAGCAAAAACUGAGGACGGUUUAUACUCAAACGGCUGUCCAAAGGACUGGUCGAUUGAGCAACUGUUCCCUCAUCCAGAUUGCCAUAAAUUUUACCAAUGCUGGGAUGGACAGCUAGUCGUACACUCGUGCCCAUCUGACCUUUACUUCAGUAUAGAAGCUAAUCGUUGUGAAUGGUCCAAAGUCGUCGACUGCGCCGACAGGAACGUACCGGAAAAGGAAUCUAACGAAGUUGAUGACAGCCACGACGACAGCGGUGCUGGAGCCGGAAACUGUGAUCCUAGUCAAGCACCGGAAAUAUGCGCAGCAGAAGACUCAGCCGGAGUAUUAGUCGCUCAUGAAAAAUGUAACAAAUUCUACAUUUGUGAGAAUGGACUACCUUUGGCAAUAAGCUGUCCAGCCAACCUACUCUUCAACCCCAAGACUGAUACAUGCGACUGGGCCGAAAAUGUUGACUGUGGAGACAGAAUUACUUCCGACGGUGACAACGGUGGUUGCGAUGGAAACUGUGAUAAUGACAGCGACGAUGGUGCUGAUGAUAACGGCAACGCUGGAGCUGGUAACUGCGAUCCUAGUCAGGCUCCUGAAAUCUGUGCUGCUGAAGGCUCUGACAGUGUAUUGGUAGCUCAUGAAAAGUGCAACAAAUACUACAUUUGUGUUCACGGCAAGCCUGUACCAUUCCGCUGCCCAGGAAACCUUCUGUUUAAUCCGCAGUCUGAUACUUGUGACUGGCCUGAGAACGUGAAUUGCGGUGACCGAGUUAUCCCUGACGGCGAGAAUGGCGGAAAUGGUAACGAAGAUAGUGGAAACGACAACAAUGGAAGUAACGAUAACAGUAGUAGCGAUAGCGAGAGUAACGAAAAUAAUGGUAACGACAACAAUGGAAGUAACGAUAACAGUAGUAGCGAUAGUGAGAGUAACGAAAGUGAUGGUAACGACAACAAUGGAAGUAACGAUAACAGUAGUAGCGAUAGCGAGAGUAACGACAGCAGUAAUGGUGAAAAUGGAAAUGUUGGAGCUGGUAACUGUGACCCUAGCCAAGCCCCAGAAAUCUGCGCCGCAGACGAUUCAGACAGUAUCCUCGUUGCUCAUGAAAAAUGUAAUAAAUUCUACAUUUGCAAUGGAGGCAGGCCUACAGCUCUCAGAUGCCCCGGUAAUUUACUUUUCAACCCCAAGACUGACACAUGUGACUGGCCUGAGAACGUAGACUGUGGAGACCGCGUUAUCCCUGAUGGAGAGAGUGGUGGAAAUGGUAAUGAAGAGAAUGGAAAUGACAAUGGUGGUCACGACAACAAUGGAAGUAACGAAAACGGUAGCGACAAUGGAGGUAAUGAUAACGGUAAUGGCAAUGUUGGAGCUGGCAACUGUGACCCAAGCCAGGCCCCCGCAAUCUGUGCUGCAGAUGAUUCAGACAGCAUCCUCGUUGCUCAUGAGAAAUGCAACAAGUUCUACAUCUGUAAUGGAGGCAGUCCUGUAGCCGUGAGGUGCCCAGCCAAUCUUCUUUUCAACCCUCAGACUGACACAUGUGACUGGCCUGAGAACGUAGACUGUGGAGACCGCGUCAUCCCUGAUGGUGAGAGCGGUGGAAAUGGUAACGACAAUGGUGGUAGCGACAACGGUGGUAGCGACAAUGGUGGUAGCGACAACGGUGGUAGCAACAACGGUGGUAAUGGCAACGGCAAUGAAAAUGUUGGAGCUGGUAACUGCGACCCAAGCCAGGCUCCCGCAAUCUGCGCCGCAGAAGAUUCAGAUGGCAUCCUUGUUGCUCACGAGAAAUGCAAUAAGUUCUACAUUUGCAAUGGUGGCAGCCCUGUAGCCCUUGCUUGCCCUGGUAACCUUCUUUUCAACCCCAAUACUGACACAUGUGACUGGCCGGAGAACGUUAACUGUGGAGAUCGCGUCAUCCCUGACGGUGAUAGCAACAACGGUGGUAGUGACAACGGUGGUAGCGACAACGGUGGUAGCGACAACGGUGGCAAUGAUAACGGAAAUGGAAAUGUUGGAGCUGGUAACUGCGACCCAAGCCAGGCUCCCGCAAUCUGUGCCGCAGAAGAUUCAGAUGGAAUCCUUGUUGCUCACGAGAAAUGCAAUAAGUUCUACAUUUGCAAUGGUGGCAGCCCUGCAGCCCUCAGUUGCCCCGGUAACCUUCUCUUCAACCCCAAUACUGACACAUGUGACUGGCCUGAGAACGUUGACUGUGGAGACCGCGUCAUUCCUGAUGGCGAGAGCGGUGGAAAUGGUAACGACAAUGGUGGUAGCGACAACGGUGGUAGCGACAACGGUGGUAGCGACAACGGUGGUAGCGACAACGGCAAUGAAAAUGUUGGAGCUGGUAACUGCGACCCAAGCCAGGCUCCCGCAAUCUGCGCCGCAGAAGAUUCAGAUGGCAUCCUUGUUGCUCACGAGAAAUGCAAUAAGUUCUACAUUUGCAAUGGUGGCAGCCCUGUAGCCCUUGCUUGCCCUGGUAACCUUCUCUUCAACCCCAAUACUGACACAUGUGACUGGCCGGAGAACGUUAACUGUGGAGAUCGCGUCAUCCCUGACGGUGAUAGCCACAACGGUGGUAGUGACAAUGGUGGCAGCGACAACGGUGGUAGCGACAACGGUGGUAGCGACAACGGUGGUAGUGACAACGGUGGCAACGAUAACGGAAAUGAAAAUGUUGGAGCUGGUAACUGCGACCCAAGCCAGGCUCCCGCAAUCUGUGCCGCAGAAGAUUCAGAUGGCGUCCUUGUUGCUCACGAGAAAUGUAACAAGUUCUACAUUUGCGACGGUGGCAGCCCUGUAGCCCUUCGUUGCCCUGGUAACCUUCUCUUCAACCCCAAUACUGACACCUGUGACUGGCCUGAGAACGUUGACUGUGGAGAUCGCGUCAUUCCUGACGGUGAUAACGACAACGGUGGUAGCGACAACGGUGGUAGCGACAACGGUGGUAGCGACAACGGUGGUAGUGACAACGGUGGCAAUGAUAACGGAAACGGAAAUGUUGGAGCUGGUAACUGCGACCCAAGCCAGGCUCCCGCAAUCUGUGCCGCAGAAGAUUCAAACGGCGUCCUUGUUGCUCACGAGAAAUGCAAUAAAUUCAACAUUUGCAAUGGUGGCAGCCCUGUAGCCCUUAGUUGCCCUGGUAACCUUCUCUUCAACCCCAAUACUGACACAUGUGACUGGCCUGAAAACGUUGACUGUGGAGAUCGCAUCAUCCCUAACGGUGAAAGUGGUGGAAAUGGAAACGAGGAAAGUGGAAACAACAAUGGUGGUAACAACAACAAUGAGAGUAACGAAAACGGUAGUGAAAAUGGUGGUAAUGAUAACGGAAAUAGCAAUGUUGGAGCUGGUAACUGCGACCCAAGCCAGGCUCCCGCAAUCUGUGCCGCAGAAGAUUCAAACGGCAUCCUUGUUGCUCACGAAAAAUGUAACAAGUUCUACAUUUGCCAUGGUGGCAGCCCUGCAGCCCUCAGUUGCCCCGGUAAUCUUCUCUUCAACCCCAAUACUGACACUUGUGACUGGCCUGAGAAUGUGGACUGUGGAGACCGCGUUAUCCCUGGUGGUGAAAGUGGUGGAAACGAUAACGAAGGCGGUAGCAGUGACAACGGUGGUAGUGAUAACGGUGAUGCUGGAAAUGAUAGCAACGACAGUGGAAACAACGGAUCCUGUAAUUGUAACCCCAACGAAGCACCUGAGAUUUGCGCUGCUGAAGACUCCGAUGGAGUUUUGAUUGCUCACGAUAAUUGCAACAAGUUCUACGUAUGUGGUCAAGGAAAGCCUUUCCCUAUAUCAUGCCCAUCCGGUCUUCUGUACAACCCUCACAAAGGCGUAUGUGACUGGCCAGAUAAUGUUGAAUGUGGAGAUCGCGUAAUCCCUGAUGGCGAAAGUGGAAAUGGUAACGAAGGGAGUGGAAACGAUAAUGGUGGUAACAACAACGGAGACAGUAACAACGGCGGUAGCGACAACGGUGGAAAUGAUAACGGAAACGACAAUGUUGGUGCUGGUAACUGUGACCCUAGCCAAGCUCCCGCAAUCUGUGCAGCAGAUGACUCAGAAGGGGUUCUCGUAGCUCACGAAAAAUGCAACAAAUUCUACGUUUGUAAUGGAGGCAACCCUGUCACUCUUCGUUGCCCUGGCAACCUCCUCUUCAACCCCAAGACUGACACAUGUGACUGGCCUGAGAAUGUAGACUGUGGAGACCGCGUCAUCCCUAACGGCGAAAGUGGUGGUAACGAUAACGAAGGCGGUAGCAAUGACAACGGUGGAAGUGAUAACGGUGAUGCUGGAAAUGAUAGCAACGACAGUGGAAACAACGGGCCCUGUAAUUGUAACCCCAACGAAGCACCUGAGAUUUGCGCUGCCGAAGACUCCGAUGGAGUAUUGAUUGCUCACGAUAACUGCAACACGUUCUACGUAUGUGGUCAAGGAAAACCUUUCCCUAUAUCAUGCCCAUCCGGCCUUCUGUACAACCCUCACAAAGGCGUAUGUGACUGGCCAGAGAAUGUUGAAUGUGGAGAUCGCGUAAUCCCUGAUGGCGAAAGUGGAAACGGUAACGAAGAGAGUGGAAACGACAAUGGUGGUAAUGACAACGGUGACAGUAACAACGGUGACAGUAACAACGGUGACAGUAACAACGGUGGUAACGACAACGGUGGUAGCGACAACGGAGACAGCAACAACGGCGGUAGCGAUAACGGUGGAAAUGAUAACGGAAACGGCAAUGUUGGUGCUGGUAACUGUGACCCUAGUCAAGCUCCUGCAAUCUGUGCAGCAGAUGAAUCGGAAGGCGUUCUUGUAGCUCACGAAAAAUGCAACAAAUUCUACGUUUGUAAUGGAGGCAACCCUGUCACUCUUCGUUGCCCUGGCAACCUCCUCUUCAACCCCAAGACUGACACAUGUGACUGGCCUGAGAAUGUAGACUGUGGAGACCGCGUCAUCCCUAACGGCGAAAGUGGUGGUAACGAUAACGAAGGCGGUAGCAAUGACAACGGUGGAAGUGAUAACGGUGAUGCUGGAAAUGAUAGCAACGACAGUGGAAACAACGGGCCCUGUAAUUGUAACCCCAACGAAGCACCUGAGAUUUGCGCUGCCGAAGACUCCGAUGGAGUAUUGAUUGCUCACAAUAAAUGCAACGAGUUCUACGUAUGUGGUGGAGGAAAACCUUUCGCUCUGCCAUGCCCAUCUGGUCUUCUGUACAACCCUCACAAGGGCGUGUGCGACUGGCCAGAGAACGUUGAUUGUGGAGACAGAAUAAUCGGUGGCGAAGAGAACAACGACAGUGGUAACAAUGAGAACGGUGGUAAUGAUAACGAUAACAAUGGAUCAUGCAACUGUAACCCCGGCCAAGCCCCUGCCAUCUGCGCUGCAGAUGGUUCAGAUGGUGUGCUGAUCGCUCACGAAAUAUGCAACAAUUUCUACGUUUGUGGAAACACGAAACCAGUAUCCUUCCGCUGUCCAGUCAAUCUUGUUUACAACCCAUACACUGAAACAUGCGAUUGGGCCGAGAAUGUAGAUUGCAAUGGCAGAGAAGAAGCUGGCAGCGAAGACAGUGCUAACGAUAUCAAUGGAGAUGGAAACGUUGGAGCUGGCAAUCACGACCCUAGCCUAGCGCCGAUUAUCUGCGCUGAUGAAAAAGCUGAUGGUGUACUCGUAGCUCAUGAAGAAUGUGACAAAUUCUAUACUUGUGGUAACGGUAAGCCCGUAACUCUUAGAUGCCCGGCCAACCUGUUCUUCAACCCCUCCGCCGACCAGUGCGACUGGCCUUCAAACGUAAAUUGCGGCGAAAGAACCAUUCCCAGCGGCUUCGAAGCAUCUCUUAACAAACAUUUGGUAGCUCGUCGUGCGCUUAUCCGGUCAUUAUAAAUUUUAAAUUGUUAAAUAUAAUAAAAUAUCAAGAUCUUCAUGCUUCAAAAUUGCAGCAUAAACUAUAAUCUAUACAACUAUAACUACUAUACACUGUUAUUACAUUUUUUUUGGAAAAUUAACUUAAAAUUGUCAUCAAAUAUAACUA